GAAAAGGAGGGGGACAGAGAAAGACAGAGACAAUAGACUUUAAUCACUCAUGUGGUUGAGAGCUGUUGGCAAGCCGAGUUCCACGCGUGCCGAGAGGGAGAAAACAGAGGAAGGAAAGGCUGAAACUGUAUAUUGUGAGCGGAGAGUAACAGGAAGGGAAAAGACUGAGGGAGACAACUUGAGAGGAGAGUUAUCAUUAGUCUGAACCAGACUGAGGAGAGAGGAGGUGACCAAAACAUCUGACCUGGAGGAGAAGAGAGAAACCUAAACUUGGAGAUCCCCUCAAGAGCUCCACGUAUUCCACUGAAGACGUCUCCACCCACCCUGCUGUCCAAGCUGGAGUAUGCCCUGCCAUCCCUGUCACCCCUGCCGCUGACUCAGGUGGUCAGCAUGAUCUCCCACUACCCUCUGGCCACUCUGAUGCCUUGGCCUGCGAGUCCCCACAACCACUGCCCCGACCUGGACUGCACCCUGCUGCUGGAGGGGGAGGGAGGUGUCGCCCUGCAGAGGUACCAGCCUCGCUACCCAGAGAGCAGCCCACGACACUGGAGCUCGGUGCAGGACUGGGGGGAGGAAGUUGAGGAAGGAGCCAUCUACAAUGUGACACUGAAGAGGGUUCAGAUUCAGCAGGCGGCCAACAAGGGAGCAAGAUGGCUGGGGGCGGAGGGGGAUCGUCUGCCUCCCGGCCACACGGUGAGCCAGCUGGAAACCUGCAAGAUCCGCAGCAUCCGCGCGGGAACGCUGGAGCGACUGGUGGAGACGCUACUGACGGCAUUUGGAGACAACGACCUCACCUACACCUCCAUCUUCCUGUCCACUUACAGAGCCUUCACCAGCACACAGACGGUGCUGCGGCUCCUGCUAGACAGAUAUGGAUGCACUGAGGAAAAUGAACAAGACCCAGACAGAUGUCGAGGAUCUGAAACCAGAGGAGCCAUCAGGAAUGUCUUGGCCUCCAUCCUGCAUGCCUGGCUGGACCAGUGUCCUGAAGACUUCCAGGAGCCUCCCGACUACCCCUGUCUGCACAGGCUGAUGGACUAUCUGCGUAAGGCCCUGCCCGGCUCCGAGGCUCUGAGACGGGCGCAGGGUCUGCUGGAGCAGCUGCAGAGUCAGGCCGGCAUGGACGACACUGAUGCUGGUUUCCAUGGCAACAGUUCUUUCUGCCUGGGGGAAGAGGAGGAAGUGGAGAUCGAGGUCCACGAGGACUUCCUGUCGUUUGAUGCGGACCUGGUGGCCGAGCAGCUGACCUACAUGGACGCACUGCUGUUUAAAAAGGUUGUGCCCCACCACUGCCUGGGCUCCAUCUGGUCUCAGAGGGAUAAGAAGCACAACAAGCACAGUGCCCCCAGCGUCAGAGCCACCAUCACCCAGUUCAACGCCGUGGCGGCCUGCGUGGUCAGCACCGUGCUCAAACACAAGCAGAUCCGGCCGCACGUUAGAGCGCGGGUCAUCCAGCGCUGGAUAGACAUCGCUCAGGAAUGUCGAAUACGCAAAAACUUCUCAUCUCUGCGAGCCAUUGUGUCGGCACUGCAGUCCAAUCCUCUGUACAGGCUGAAAAGAGUAUGGGCCUGUGUGCACAAAGACAGCAUGCAGACGUUUGAGGAGCUGUCGGACAUUUUCUCCGACCACAACAACUACCUGACGAGCAGAGAGCUACUCAUGAGGGAAGGCACUUCAAAGUUUGCCAGUCUGGAGAGCUGCACCAAGGAGCACCAGAAACGCACCCACAAGAGACUCCUGCUGCAGCGGGAGAUGGGAGCAAUGCAAGGAACAAUACCAUACUUGGGGACGUUUCUUACCGACCUGACCAUGUUGGACACAGCCCUGCCGGACCUAGCGGAGGGUGGUCUGAUCAACUUCGAGAAGAGACGCAGGGAGUUUGAGCUGAUCGCUCAGAUCAAGCUGCUUCAGUCGGCCUGUAACAGCUACUGUCUGAAAGCGGAGCCCAGCUACCUGCGCUGGUUUAAAAACCACCCCCAGCUCAGCGAGGAGGAGAGCUACUCUCUGUCCUGUGAGAUCGAGGGUUUCGGCGAUAGCAGUCCGACUUCACCCAAACCUCGAAAAAGCAUGGUGAAGAGACUCAGCCUGCUGUUUCUUGGAACAGACAAUAACUCAGCCAGCUCUCCGGUCAGAGAGAUGCCGCGAUCGCCUCCCACUGGCAGCUCAGGGGAGAGCAUGGACUCCGUCAGUGUGUCCUCCAGUGACUCCAGCAGCCCCUCAGACAGUGAAGGUCUCACGCCCACGACUCACACCUCCGACUCCCAGCAAAACAAGCUAUCAGAAUCCUCCUCAUGUAAUUCACUCCACUCCAUGGACACCAGCUCGUCGACAGCCAGUGUCUCCAUGACCCCGGCCUCUCCCUCCCUGCCAGGGCCCGCCUGCACCCACCGGCGCUCCCUCUCACUCACGCCCCUGUCCCCCAGUUCCCCCAGCCAAACCCCGACGUAUAACACCCAGGCCCAGGACGCGUGCAUCAUACGAGUCAGUCUGGAGCAUGGCAACGGGAAUCUCUACAAAAGCAUCCUGUUGACCAAUCAAGACAAGACCCGAGCCGUCAUUUCCAGAGCGAUGGCAAAGCACAACCUGGAGGUGGAGCCGGGGGAAGGAUACGAGCUGGUACAAGUCAUCUCUGAGGAGAGAGAGCUGGUGAUCCCAGACAACGCCAAUGUCUUUUACGCCAUGAACACCUCAGCUAACUUCGACUUCCUGCUGCGGGUGCGGGGCUCAGCCGGUCGGCCGGUCCAGCUGCGAAGCCGGUGCAGCUCCACGCUCCCGCGGACCCAGCACCGCUCGACCCUCUCGCUUCGACUCAGCAAAGUCACGCUGUGACCGGACUGUCGUGACCCAGCAGUUUGCCCUUAUACCCCUAACCCAGGACAAUACAUAGGGCAUGAAGUGGAUAUUAGGGGUUGGGUUUUGGGAGCCUCUGUAGAACAAAAUGAACUUGCGGAAGCAAUGCAGGAUUUUCAAGAAGCAACAGAUUGAUCCCAAUGAGCUCUAAGACUUUUGAAGGAGCUUCACCAUGACUCUUAUUUUGAUCCUCCUGAACAGUGCCAUCCCUUUGCCCUGCCUUAAAAUAGACCAUGGAUGUGUAUUGGACUGCUGUGCCAGUGGGACUAUGCUUAAUUUUACUAGUGAUGCCUGUGAUAGAGUGAUACAGCGACCCCUAGUGGCAUUUGCUCUUUACAACGACAGGUUUUUGCACAUGUGGGAGCAGCCAAACUCCUGACCUCCAACAGUAUUCUGAAAUGUUCUUCUUCUUGUCCUGUGACGCCUGUGUAGCUGAGUAAUAACUUUUCUAGUUAAAGAAGAGUGAUGAAAGCAGAAAGAGAAGGUGGAUCAGAAGGAGAGAUGGACUGAGUUUUCUGUCCUGUUGCCUUUAUUGAUGACUGAGUGGACCUCUGACAGUGAUCUGAAUGAUAUUGAUGAACUGAUUGACAGGAGCUGUGAUGUCGUUAUUUCCCCCUAGUUGGACAUGUGGACCCGCCAUGUCUGCCCUGUGCACAGUGUGCACAGUGAAUUCAGCCCCUCUCAUAUUGUGAGCUGUGUGAAGAAUGCUGCGUUUUUUUGCGCUCGUUCUGAUUGGUUCCAGUACUUGGUUUUAACAAGUCCUCCACGCAAUGGCCUUACCAGCCCUGUCUUCAGGGCGUUGAGAUGCAAUUUGUGCUGCUGUACUCACUUGUGCUUGUUUGAAAAAAAAGAAGAACAGGUGGACAGGAGAGGAAAUGAAGGAAGUGUCGCACUGAAAUGGAAAGCACCGUGCACAUUGUGUCAAACUGAUGCAUACUCGUACCUCUCUGCCCUUCAUUAUAUGAACUACAGAGCUGCACUUGUCAGUUGCUCGGAGAUGCCGAUGUGAAUACAUAAGAAUGAGUGGUUCUGUCCCUCUUCACAAAAUGAAUUACUAUUUUUUUGUAUUUUUUAUAUGUUUUUAUUACACAGUUCAGGCCAGAUUGGAGACUGAUGGAGGAUUUUAAAUGUUGUUGUGUUAAUUUUGACUGUGAUGCAUUUGGAAAUUAUUUACCUCUUCAGCUCAUUAUACUCACAGAAGCCUCCUUAUGCAGUAAACCCCCCUUUACUUGUCUCAUGGUCACACCCCUUAUUUCCAGCACCACAUCACCAACACUCCAUCAGCCGUUCACAUGUGCAGAUUAACGCUUGUAGUUUCUACAACGUCCAUCUACUGUGCCAUGAUUUCGUGCAACCAGUUCAGGCUCCUCGGUUGAUAUCACAAUGAGCAGUUUCGCUGUCGGCCCGAUCGUCUGUCUCCAUGCAGCACUUCUCGUGAAUUCACCCCCAGCUCCUGUGUUCUUCACUGCCAAAGACUUUUCUUCUACCUGAAUAAAUAAAUUAUUAUCAUUAUUAUAA